AUGAGUCAAAAAAGUGAAAAUUUAAUUGAUACUAUAACUUCUAGUUCAACUGAUAUUGCUACCUCUAGUUUAGCAUAUUUAAAUAAAAAACAAAAAACUGAUGACUCUAAUUUCAAUGAAAUUUGGGCAUUUUACCAACAAGAACCUAAUAAAGAUAACAGAUAUUAUAAGGCAACUUGUUUUUAUUGUUCAAUUUUUUGGAAGUGUGAAAAAUUGCAAACUAUGAAGGCUUAUUUAGCUAAUUAUUAUUCAAAAUGUUCUGAAGAUAUUA